GGCACGGACAGGUCUCCAGCGUGAGACCUGUGUGCUUCGGGCCUCUCCAUUUUCCCUGCACUGCCCUGCACCGCGGAGGCAUGGCCAGCCGUCCCCACCGCAUCCGCUCCGGCUAUGGGGUCAGGAACUUCAGCUCCUGCUCUGCCGUCCUGCCCAAGCCGUCAGCCCACAGCUGCUCCAGUGCCAUGGCCUACCGCGGGGGCAGUCCUGGGGGGCCCGGCUACAGGCGCCUCGGGGGCUUUGGCAGCCGGAGCCUGUGCGCAGUGGGGUCCCCGCGGAUGGCGGUGAGCUGUGGAUGGCCCCUGCGCAGCGGGGGCAGCUUUGGCUACCGCGUAGGGGGACUUUGUGGACCCAGCCCGCCCUGCAUCACCAGCGUGUCCGUCAACGAGAGCCUCCUCACGCCCCUCAACCUGGAGCUUGACCCGAAUGCGCAGUGCGUCAAGCACCAGGAGAAGGAGCAGAUCAAGUGCCUGAACAACAAGUUUGCUGCCUUCAUUGACAAGGUGCGCUUCCUGGAGCAGCAGAACAAGCUUCUGGAGACCAAGUGGCAGUUCUACCAGAACCAGCGCUGCUGCGAGAGCAACCUGGAGCCCCUGUUCAAUGGCUACAUCGAGACGCUGAGGCGGGAGGCCGAGUGCGUGGAGGCCGACAGCGGGAGGCUGGCCUCGGAGCUCAACCACGUGCAGGAGGUGCUGGAGGGCUACAGGAAGAAGUAUGAAGAAGAAGUGGCCCUCAAGACCACGGCUGAGAAUGAGUUUGUGGUGCUGAAGAAGGACAUAGACUGUGCCUACCUGCGCAAGGCUGACCUGGAGGCAAAUGUGGAGGCGCUAAGGGAGGAGAUGGGCUUCCUACAGGCCCUCUAUGAGGAGGAAAUCCACCUCCUUCAGUCACAAAUCUCUGACACCUCGGUGGUCGUCAAAAUGGACAACAGCCGGGAGCUCAACAUGGACUCAGUGGUGGCCGAGAUCAAGGCUCAGUAUGACGACAUCGCCAGCCGCAGCCGGGCCGAGGCAGAGUCCUGGUACCAAACCAAGUGCGAGGAGAUGAAGGCCACGGUGAGCCAGCAGGGCGAGAACCUCCGCAGAACCAAGGAUGAGCUCAAUGAGCUGAACCGCAUGAUCCAGAGGCUGACGGCAGAGGUGGAGAAUGCCAAGCAGCAGCGGUGCAAGCUGGAGGGCGCCGUGGCUGAGGCAGAGCAGCAGGGCGAGGCAGCCCUCGGUGAUGCCAAAUGCAAGCUGGCGGGGCUGGAGGCCGCCCUUCAGAAGGCCAAGCAGGACAUGGCCUGUCUGCUCAAGGAGUACCAGGAGGUGAUGAACUCCAAGCUGGGCCUGGACGUGGAGAUCGCCACUUACAGAAAGCUGCUGGAGGGCGAGGAGAGCCGCUUGUGUGAAGGCGUGGGCUCCGUCAAUAUCUGUGUGAGCCGUUCCCAGGGUGGCGUGAUCUGCGGUGACCUCAGUGCUACUGUCCCUCGUGGCCCAGGGGUUGUGGCUUCCAGCAGUGGUGCCCUCUGCUCCCCCUCUGUAGUGGGGGCCUGCUCCGGUGUGAGAUCCGUGCGGUUUGCAUAGUGGGCAGGGGACUCCGGCGGGUGCCCCCCUCUGAUAGGGGCAGGGGUGGGGAGCAGGAGGGGAAAAUCAUUUCUCUCCCAGACCCCCAUGCCUGUUUAGUAAUUUCCCCUGGCUGGAACCCAGACUGUAUCUCCAGUUUUCUUCCUAUUGCAGUUAUGAUUUACUCUCUGUGUGCAAACCCUGGGUGUUAACAUUACUGCCACCUCUGUUAAUUCCCCCUUCCCUGUGGUCCAGGAAAGGCAUGUAAAGGCUUUUUGAUAUAAGAUGCUCAGCCGCUUUCUUCCCCAGCUAAUUUCAGGUUAGCAAACAUUUUACUAAGUCUGCUUACUAAGUAUUGGCCGUGCGCCAGGCCCUCUGGGCAGGGAGCCAGGUAGAAGAAUGGCGAUGGGUAGGUGCACCUGUGCUUUGCCCCCGGAUGAGGGGCGGGGCAUGUCACCUCAGCACUGAGGGAGCAAGUGGGGUCCGGGAGGCCCCUCACACUCUGAGAGAUUGUGUGUUCCCAGAAAGACCCCCAGCUAUUUGUACAUCAGGAUGGAAAGAUUGACUGAAGCUAACAGCUGAGGUGUUUAUGGUUGGCAGUUUGGAUUUUUUUUCCUCUUUUUUGUAUUUGGGUGAUUCCUGUUAUGUCUCCUUCUUUCUUUGGGUGUGCGUGAUUAAAUAUCGAUGGCAACAA